AUGCAGAAGAUCAUGGAAUCUUCAAUCAAGAAAAUCAAUGGCAUGGUUCACGACCCUCUCGCUGAAGACGGUGGUCAAAAGAGCGCAUGCAACUUGUGCAUGGAGAAAUUCGACAGCGAAAUUCGAAUGGAGGCUACCUUGAAGUGUGGGCACGUAGCAUGCAUCAAAUGCCUAACUGAGAUGUCCGAAAAGAUCUGUCACAUCUGUCGAAAAGAAUUCAAAAAUGAAGAGAUCAUCAAACUCUACUACUAG